CCACGCCCACAAAAUGGCAGAAAAUCUAGAUGACAUUAAUUUUCCUGCUAGCUCUGUUGCAAGGAUAAUAAAGGAAGCCCUACCUGAAGGAGUCAAUGUGUCUAAAGAAGCUAAAGCAGCAAUUGGGAGGGCGGCCAGUAUAUUUGUUCUCUAUGCCACAUCUUGUGCCAACAAUUACACGUCAAAAGCAAAGAGGAAGACGAUAAUCCCCUCGGACAUAUUCUCAGCUGCUGAAGACAUGGAGUUUCAAGAAUUUGUUCCUGAGAUGAAGGAGUCUUUGGAAGCUUUCAAGAAGUCCCAGAAAGAGAAAAAGGAUGCAGCUGCAGAUCGGAAACGAAAACAGCAACAACAACAGCUGGAAUCACCAGCAGAGCCUCCUCCUACUACCUCUCCUGGCUUCUCUGUGCCUAGUGAACAGGACGUGGUUGCUGUGGCAACGGUUGCCCAUGACAACAGUGGGGAAGGAAGCAAGGUCCAAGAAGAGGAAAUGGAGACAGAAGAGAUCCCUAAUGAAACAAUAGCUUCUUCUUAAGACAUCACUUAUAAUGAUAAUGAUUUAUGAUUUCUUGAUCUUCUCUCACUCUCUCUCUCUCUUUUAUUCAUAGACUCUCUUCCCUGUGGAACAUGAUAUCCUUAUUUAGUCAAUUUCAAAUAAUUUAUGCUAAUGCCCAGUUCAUGAUUUGAGUUCAGCCUAUGAAUAGACUCAAAUUAACUUAUUAUUAUUAUUAUUUAGUUGUUGUUGCUGCUGCUGCUAUUAUUAUACCAAUAUACAGAGGAUUAUUAGUUCUAGUAA